AUGCUUAGAAGAAGUGGUACACCUCAAGGUAAACAUUCAUCUCAGGCCCACAUCGUAUUGAAGAACGUUGAGCACGAUGUAUUGGUCUUGAAAGGGUCAGAAGCAGAUGCUGGGUCAGUUCUUCUCAAUGGAGCCGUGACACUUGCUGUCACCGAUCCAAUUUCAGUGAAGAAGAUCUCGGUGAGAUUAUACAGUACUUUACGGUUGAAGCAGAACCAGAUGGCCAUUGGAACUCAGAAAGGUACCGUGUUUGAAAAGAAGCUAUAUGAAUAUAACUGGGAGAGCUCUGAGUUUGAAUCAUAUUUAAACAAUCUCUAUGAGAAUUCAUCAUCAUCUCAUCUUCAUUCUCCAGUAGGCUCACCUCCUCAUUUAGGUCAUUCUUCCAGUACCCAAUCGGUUUUACAAAAGACUCAUUCUUCAACCUCAUUAAAGGGGUUGACAAGUGCUUUCAAGUCAAAAUCGUCUUCGAACUUGAUGAAUGCUUUCCAUCUAAGUAAUUUGCAUAAUAAUGGUUCAUCUACUAGUUUGGCUACUUCUGUUUCAAACGCUGGUAACCCCAAGUCACCACCAUCAUCUUCAUCUCAUGUCUUGGUACAUGGAAAUUACGAGUUCCCCUUUAGUGCCAUUUUACCCGGCAGCAUGCCUGAAUCUGUGGAAGGUUUACCAGGAGCAAAUGUCGUUUAUAAAAUAGAAGCCAUCAUUGAUAGAGGGAAGUUUCUGAAACUGAUAAUAGCUAAAAAACACGUACGGGUGGUUAGAACAUUAACUACCGAUGCAGUGGAAUUAACAGAAACGGUCGCUGUUGACAAUACUUGGCCCAAGAAAGUUGAAUAUUCUUUGAACGUCCCAGCCAAAGCCAUUGCUAUUGGUGGAGGAACUCCGGUUAGUUUUAUGCUAGUCCCAAUGCUUAAGGGGUUACGUUUAGGAGAUAUAAAGAUUCAAAUGGUAGAAUUAUAUUCAUAUAUGGGGAUCUUCCCUCCUCCUGUCAAUGGAGAAAGAAUUGUUAGUGAAAAGUUCAUUCCAAAACCCAAUGAAGAUGAUCCAAACUUUAUGAUGGAUAGAUGGGAAGUGGAUACUUUUUUAAAAGUCCCUGCAAGUCUUUCUAAAUGUACUCAAGAUUGUGAUAUCAGUGUUCACAUGAAGGUAAGACAUAAAAUUAAGUUUGUUAUCGGAUUAAUUAAUCCCGAUGAUCAUGUUUCGGAAUUAAGAGCCUCAUUACCGGUUCAAUUGUUCAUAUCUCCCUUCCUUACAGUUACUGCAAGACAUGAAGAUGAUAAUGCAUCUAUUAACAAUGAACAACAUGGUGCAGGAGGAGAUCAAGAAGAAGUAAUAUUCACCAGAGAUUCACAUAAUUUUAGUGGGUUAUCAUUAGACCGUUUAGCAGUUGGUGGAACUGGAGGGAAUGAAGAAGAAGGAGGAGCUCCUCAUCCUUCCAGUUCUCAUACUUCAUUGAAUGGGUUUGUUGCGCCACCUUUAUAUGAGAAACAUAUUUAUGACAGAUUAUGGAAUGAUAUCUCACCGAUAGAAACUCCCUUGGCUUCUGGUUAUGUUUCACCUCAAAGAUCAAUACUUUCAGAACAAUUGGGGGGUAUUGAUGGUGCGCUUUUAAAAGAGAACUUGAGACAAUUGAGUAUUCGUCAACAGCAAGAAACAAGUGAACCCAUGUCUAUUAAUGGGCAUUCAACCCACAGUAUCAACGCUGCUAGUAAUAGUGCUCCUAGAGAUAAAGGAAUUUUCAGUUUGGAAGGUGAUGAAGGUGGUGAUUACUUAACUGCCAGACCAAUAAGUUCAGUCUCUGCAUCCUUAAACCAUAAUUUAAGUCAUUUGUUUGGUCCUGGUUCUGCUACUCCACCUUUCCAUUUAAGUAGGGUCAAUUCAGAUACAAAUAUGAAUCAAGUUCCCUCAUACAGUGAGGCCAUCAAUACCAAUGCCAAUGAUGAAGCAUUAUCACCAGCUUAUGAACCUCCACUUCCAGGAAGUAAUAUCAACUUGGCAGAGAUUAAUAGGAGGUUCGAACAAUUAUCAGCAAAUGGAAGUGUAACAAGUGUGAAGAAGACUUUAAGAAGUGGAAGAACAUCACCAAGUAUAAGCAGAAUGUCCAGAUCAGCAUCCCAAAAUUCAUCACCAUCUGUUUCUCGUCAACAAUCACAAGUUAAUUUAGGCACAAGCAGCAAAAGCCAUUCUCGCAGUGGAACCAAUCUUGCUGCUGUACCCGAACCUCAGAAGAUGUCAUCAGUUGUAGGGAAGACAACUGGUUCCGCUUCAUUCACUAUGUCUGGAACAACUCAAGAAGAAGAAGAUGGUGGUGGUUCUAGCUCUGCAAGCAGUGCUUCUAAUAGUUAUAGUAACAGUGCUACUAGUUUGGUUCCAAGUGGAUAUAAUAAUCAUCAUUCAGUAUCUCCGGCUCAUCAUGAUGUACCAGCACAUUUACUAGGAAGAAUUUCUUCCAAUGGACCUCUGGUGAAUUCUGUACCUGAAGCCCAUGUUCAUUCUACUACUCAUGUCUCAAUGCCAGAAGUGGGGGGUAGUAGUACUACUAAGCUUUCACUGAGUGCCAGUGAGAGGAAGCCACUUUCCAGAAGUGGGUCCACCAAGUCCUUACACUCAUUGCAUAACUUAUCGUUCCUUAGUAAGCGUAAGAAGUAG